UAUAUAUGUCUAUAUACUCUUCCCCUCCCAUCUCUCUCUCUCUCUCUCUCUCUCUCUCUCUCUUUGCAUCGGAUAGGCAGAUAUAUUGUUGAUGUCAAGACCACCACCGAUUCUUCCGCUGCGCUCCCUUCCAUUUGUCGCAUGAGGCGGGCGGAAUUGGGGAAGAACUGGGAAUCGUUAAAGCUUAAGAAAAAGUCCGUAAUUAAUUCUUUUAUUUAUUGAUCGAAAGCCGAAAAAGGAGAGGAAGCGAAAGAGAUUGACAGAGAGAUAGCUGAAGAGGCUUUCGUUCGUUGUUGUUAUUGAUGAUGAUGAUGAUGGUGAUGAUGAUGAUUCUUUGAUGCGGCCGCCCAGAUCUUAGAAACGCCUCCGGCCUCUUCUCGUCCUCGCAUCAGGCGCGUGCGCGCUUCAGAUCGAAAAGAGAAUGCAGUCGGAUCUUGGGAAGCUGUUCAUUGGUGGGAUUUCCUGGGACACCAAUGAGGAUCGCCUGCGGGAGUACUUCAGCAACUAUGGUGAGGUGGUGGAAGCCGUGAUCAUGAAGGACCGGACCACUGGCCGUGCUCGUGGUUUCGGGUUCGUUGUGUUCGCAGACCCGGCCGUCGCAGAGCGAGUUGUAAUGGAAAAGCAUUUGAUCGAUGGAAGAAUGGUCGAGGCGAAGAAAGCUGUUCCCAGGGAUGACCAGCAGAUCCUUAAUAGAAACAACAGCAGCAUCCAUGGCUCUCCUGGUCCUGGUCGCACCAAGAAGAUAUUUGUUGGAGGCCUGCCAUCUACCAUAACAGAGAGUGACUUUAAGAAUUACUUUGAUCAGUUUGGCACAAUCACUGAUGUUGUUGUCAUGUACGAUCACAACACCCAAAGGCCUAGGGGAUUUGGUUUCAUCACCUACGACUCAGAGGAUGCUGUGGACAAAGUGCUAUUUAAGAGCUUUCAUGAGCUGAAUGGUAAGAUGGUUGAGGUGAAGAGGGCUGUUCCCAAGGAACUCUCCCCAGGGCCCAACAUGCGUUCCCCGAGUGCUGGAUAUACCUAUGGUCUGAAUAGGGCAAACAACUUUCUCAAUGGGUAUACUCAGGGAUACAAUCCAAGCUCGAUCAGUGGCUAUGGGAUGAGAAUGGACAGUAGAUUAGGACCUCCUACUAGUGGAAGCAAUGGUUUCCCUUCAUUUGGUCCUGGUUUUGGAAUGGGGAUGAAUUUUGAACCUAGUUUGAUGCCAAGUUUUGGAGGAAAUUCAAAUUUUAGCAACAGCAUUGGUUAUGGACGUGGUUUGAGCCCAUAUCUCAGUGGGAACUCUACUAGGUACAGUAGUCCCAUUGGUUAUGGUGGGGGUAGUGCAAAUACUAGUUCAGUUUUUAGCUCAAUGGCUCGUAAUGCAUGGGGCAGUGGAGGUCUUAACUAUUCUACAAACUCUGCAAGUUCCAAUGCAUAUAUGGCUCCUGGGAGUGGGAGCCUUGGUGGCUUUGGCAAUAGUACUCUAAACUGGGGCAGUGCUUCCCCUAUCUCAGCUCAAGUUGGGGGGAACACUGCAAGCUUUGCUAGUGGAAAUCUAAAUUAUGGAGAUGGAGACAAUAACUUCGAUCUGGGUGGUGGUAAUUUUGGAAGGAGCAAUGGUCCUAGUGCCAUGAAAACUACCCUUGUUGCAUCAAAUAGUGGAUUUGAAGGAUCCUAUCCAGAACUGUACGGUGGCAGUUCAGUUUAUGGAGACCCUACUUGGAGGUCGUCGUCUUCUGAACUUGGGGGUACCAGUUCGUUUAGCUAUGGACUUGGUAAUGCACCUUCAGAUAUCAUAGGCCAGAGCUCUGCAGGUUAUGUGGGUGACUAUAACAUCAACAAUAGACAACCAAAUAGAGGAAUUGCUACUUUAGUUGGUACUUUGAGAUCCAAGACAAUGAUAGGUGAACAAUCUUGCGAGCCAGAUGCAUGACUUUUAGUUUUACAUAUCUCGUACAAUAUAUGGGGGUUAGUUAAUUUUAUAGACUAUACAGGAAGGUAUUUGAGAGAAAAAACAACAAAAGGAUUUCAGAUUCAGAAGAUUCAAAAUAAAGCUUCUUGUGUGAAGGUUUGGAAUUUGAGUUUAGUUCCACAUGCCGUGUAGGUUUUGUUUCUUUGGGUUUGAUUGAGAUGUAAUUUUAUCACGGGAUAAAAUCAUAAUUGUUCAGAUUUAUGCAACUGAUGUGCCAAAUAGACCUAGUAAUGUUCCCAAGGAAAAGAAAGAUAGCAAGCUGUUGUAAUACCUGGCAAAGUUGUUGGUUCUUGUCAGGUUCUCUAUUAAUCUUCUUUUUAUUUUCUUUCCAAUUUUAUUUGUUACCAGAGGGUUGGUUGUUUGUAUUAGUUUGGGACUUACACGGGGAUGCUUUACGGUCCCAAUAUAACUGUUAUGUACUGUGAUUCA